AUGAAUAAGAGUAACAAGGGGGGGGCGAAGGGCAACACCACCAGCGGGAAGAAGAAACCCACGCAGAACAAUGAAAAGAGCAAAAGCGCCAAUGGGGGCGGGGUCCCCACCGUAGGGAAUAAGACGACAACCCAGCAGGAGAACGAAAAGAGGGAGUGCGCCGAUGUGGAGGCAGUGAAGAAGGAAUCUGCCAACAAGGCAGCUCCUAACAAACCAACCCCCAACAAAGCCGCUGCGAACAAACCAAACGGCGGCAAGGCCCCCGCGAAGAAGAGCAAGAAGAAGGUGGACAAGCUAGACCUCAUUCUGAACGAAUUCAAAAGCGAAACAAACCAAAACGGAGCCGCCCAAAAUGGUCACCAUGCAGUAGAAGACGAAGCAGAACCUGUCCCGGCGGAGGAGAAAUGCAAAAUAGACUUUGACGAGUUCGAAAUUGAAAAAAUAAAAAAAAACAUCACCCUGAAGGAACACCUAAUGGAGGAGCAAAAUAAUAGCCACAUAAGAUUACUAAAAAAUUGGCCCCAAGUGGAAAGGAGCAUACAGACCAACCCAGCAACAGUACCAAUCGAAAUGGUUUACCGAGGGAAGAACUACCCCGUCGGAGAAAUACAAAACUAUAAACAUGUCCUUAGUGGAAAAACACUACAAGAAAAAAAAGAGCUCGAAAAAUUAAGUUUGGAUUAUUAUGAGGAUUUAAGAAAAGCUGCAGAGUGUCAUAGGCAAGUUAGGAAAUACAUACAGACGUAUAUCCAACCGGGAAGAAAAAUGAUAGAUAUAGUAAAAGAGACAGAGAAAAAAACGAAGGAGUUGAUUUUAUCACAUAAGUUAAAUUGUGGCUGGGGGUUCCCAACAGGGUGUUCAUUAAACCAUUGUGCAGCUCAUUAUACGCCAAAUUAUGGAGACGAAACGGUUUUAAAAUAUGACGAUGUGUGUAAGUUAGAUUUUGGAGUGCAUGUUAAUGGGUAUAUUAUCGACUGCGCUUUUACCAUUGCUUUCGACGAAAAGUAUGAUAACCUUAUUAAGGCCACGCAAGAUGGAACAAACACAGGUAUUAAGGAAGCAGGAAUUGACGCCAGAAUGUGUGACAUAGGAGAAGCAAUCCAAGAAGCUAUCGAGUCAUACGAAAUUGAAUUGAAUCAAAAAAUUUAUCCUAUUAAGGCCAUUUCAAAUCUCAGAGGACACUCCAUUAAUAAGUAUAUUAUUCAUGGGGGGAAAUGUGUCCCCAUUGUGAAGCAGAAAGAAAAAAAUGAAAUUAUGGAAGAGGGGGAACUAUUUGCCAUCGAAACUUUUGCGUCCACUGGAAAGGGUUAUGUUACGCACGACAAUGAAUGUUCCCAUUAUAUGAGAAAUCCAGACAAACAAUUUGUACCCAUUAGAUUAAAUUCUGCAAAGACGCUAUUAAAAGUCAUUAACGAUAAUUUUGAUACACUGCCAUUUUGCCAUAGAUGGUUGGAUGACUUAGGACAGAAGAGACAUUUCAUGGCUUUGAAAACGCUGGUAGAUUUAAACAUAGUGGAGCCGUAUCCCCCCCUGUGCGAUGUGAAGAACUCCUUUACGUCACAAAUGGAGCACACCAUUUUGCUCCGCCCGACGUGUAAGGAGGUUCUCUCUCGGGGGCCAGACUUCUAA